GGGUCCGUGGGGCCUGCCAAGCAAGUCCGAGAGCAACGUCCUAACGCAACGUCUCCAACAACCUCGGCUUCGCUCUCCCACUCCCGCCCCGGCCCGCACACGUUCCAUCCAACACGUCGCCGCCGUCGCCAUGGCCACGAUGUCCCGCUCCGACGACGAAGACUCCACGCCGGCGAUGCGCCGCCUCCGACGCCUCUCCCUCCACCUCCAACAGUCCUCCGAUCGGCCCGCUCCCGAGGGGGCUAAUGCCCUGGUCCCCACCGCGUGCGCGGGGAAGCGGCGGGCGGGGGGCCUGGACGUGGACGCGGCAGCGCUCACCGCGUACCUGCGGGGGCGGCACUGGGCGACGCAGGAGCGGUUAUACAGGUUCUUCGUCGAGCGGCCGGAGCUCCACACGCCCGUCGAGCUGCCCAUGGGCGCCCACCGCGAGCUCUGCUACCGGCAGAUGGCAGCACUCGUUCGCGAGGCCGGGGUGCGGCCGCUCAGCCUCAUGGCAGACGACCCCGACGAGUACUUCGCCGUCAUGGAGGCCGUCGGCGGGCUCGACAUCUCCCUCGCCGUCAAGUUCGGCGUACAGUACAGUCUUUGGGGUGGUUCUAUAAUAAAUUUGGGAACCAAGAAGCACAGGGAAAAGUACUUUGACAAAAUCGAUAAUUUGGAUUAUCCUGGCUGUUUUGCUAUGACAGAACUGCAUCAUGGAUCCAAUGUUCAAGCCCUACAGACCACUGCUACAUUUGAUUCAGUUACUGAUGAGUUCAUUAUUGAUACACCAAACAAUGGAGCCAUUAAGUGGUGGAUUGGCAACUCAACUCUUCAUGGAAAAUUCGCUACUGUUUUUGCGAGGUUAAUUUUACCGCUUCAGGGAAAAGGAGGGGAACCUGCUGACAUGGGAAUUCAUGCAUUUAUUGUCCCGAUUCGGGACCUUGAAACCCAUGCUGUUCUUCCUGGAAUUGAGAUCAAUGAUUGUGGGCACAAGAUAGGCCUAAAUGGUGUGGAUAAUGGUGCCCUGAGAUUCCGUUCAGUUAGGAUACCCCGUGACAAUCUUCUGAGCAGAUUCGGUGAUGUGGCGCGAGAUGGAAAAUACACAAGCAGUCUCCCCACAAUUAAUAAAAGGUUUGCAGCAACCCUUGGUGAGCUUGUCGGGGGACGAGUUAGUCUUGCAUAUAGUUCUGUGGGUAUACUCAAAGUUGCAGUAACCAUUGCUGUUAGAUAUGCUUUACUGCGUCAACAAUUUGGUCCACCUAAGCAGCCUGAAAUCAGUGUGCUGGAUUACCAAUCUCACCAGCACAAACUAAUGCCUAUGUUGGCAUCAGCGUAUGCAUUUCAUUUUGCCAGGCGGUAUUUGGUAGAUAAGUACUCGGAAAUGAAGAAAACCAAUGACGAGGAUAUUAGCGCUGAUGUCCAUGUACUUUCAUCUGGGUUGAAGUCCUACAUAACUUCAUACACAGCAAAAUCUAUUAGCAUAUGCCGAGAAUCUUGUGGUGGCCAUGGGUAUGCUGCUGUAAAUCGUUUUGGUGGUCUGCGGAAUGACCAUGAUAUAUUUCAAACAUUUGAAGGAGACAAUACAGUUCUGCUGCAGCAGGUUGCCGGCGAUCUCCUGAAGCAAUAUCAGCAAAAAUUUAAGGGCGGAACACUCUCAGUCACCUGGAACUACUUGAGAGACUCCAUGAGCACCUACUUGUCUCAGCCUAACCCCGUUACUGCUCGGUGGGAAGGGGAAGACCAUCUAAGGGAUCCUAAAUUUCAGCUGGAUGCAUUCAGAUAUCGAACAUCUAGACUACUGCAUAGUGUUGCUGCUCGACUCCAGAAGCACAUGAAGACACUUGGAGGUUUUGGUGCGUGGAACAGAUGUUUAAACCAUCUGCUCACGCUCGCGGAAUCACACGUUGAGGCUGUCAUCCUCGCAAGGUUUAUAGAAGCAGUGAAGAGUUGCCCUGAUGCAAAAACACGUGAAGUACUGAAGCUGGUGUGCGACCUUUAUGCGCUCGAUAGGAUCUGGAAAGACAUCGGGACAUAUCGGAAUGUAGACUAUGUCGCGCCAAACAAAGCCAAGGCUAUCCACAAACUGGUAGACUACCUCAGUUACCAAGUGAGGCUUGUUGCUCGUGAACUCGUCGACGCCUUCGAUCUUCCAGAUGAAGUCAUCCGUGCGCCAAUCGGCAUGCAAUCGGAGGCCUACGCUCAGUAUACACAGUGUGUCGGCUUCUAGACAAACAAACAAACAACAUAGGCCUAUCAUAUUCUACUGCAAGCCCAGACCGUUAGUCAAGAAGUUAUAUAUAAACAAACUUCUAUUACCUCCGUCCCAAAAAGCUUGUCUUAGAUUUAUCUAGAUACGGAUGUAUCUAACACUAAAACAUGUCUAGAUAAAUCCGUAUCUUGACAAAUCUAAGACAAGCUUUUUGGGACGGAGGGAGUAUCAUAUAUCCAACAUAGUAAAUCGAGUGUAUAAUAAGAUAAGUAAUAGACAUGAGAUGUGUAUAAGUGAUAAUAUUGUGAACAUUUUUUGUCAGGCUGUGGUUUUGGCAGCAACACUGAAUAAAGCUUGUCGUACGUGAGAA